AUGCCCCCGAAACAACACAUCCACAUCGCCCUCCUGGACACCGACCUCCCCGUCCCCACCAUCUACGCCCACCGCGGCCUCUACAGCACGCAGUUCCGACACCUCCUCCGCGCCGCCGCCGCCACCAUCAACCCGGCCUACGAACUCCACACCACCGCCUUCGACGUGGUGGGCGGCCACCUCCCCGCCUACGCCAGUCUAUCCCAGCACUCCUCAACCCCAAACCCCGGAGCCAGCACCGCCUCCACCUCCAACCUUGCAGCCGAAGACACAGCCCUCAACCCCCUCUCCAUCCCCAUCACCGCCAUCCUAAUCACGGGCUCCGCCGCCGCGGCCUACGACCCCACCAAACCCUGGAUCGCGGCCCUCACCACCUUCCUCCAAACCGUCCACUCUCAGUACCAGGGUGUCCGGCUCUUCGGCAGCUGUUUCGGCCACCAGAUCCUCGCCCGGGCGCUGCUGGAGCUGCAGGGCGCUGCGGGCCAGCAGCCCUACGUGCGCGUGGAGCCUGCGCCGCAUGGGAAGGAGGUCGGGUUGAAGAGCGUCGUCCUCACCCCGGAGUUCACGGGAGCGUUUCCGGGGGCGUUUGCGUCUCCACACAGCCGGAAUGUUCCGCCGGAUGGGCAAGAUGCAACGGACGCGGACGGGCGAUGGAGGUGGAGGUGGAACAUCCAGAUGAUCCACGGCGACCACGUCCGGGUCUGUCGGCCCUUGCCGGCGGGGUGGUGCGUGGUCGGGGCCAGUGCGGAGUGUGCGGUGCAGGGGCUUUAUCGCCCGGGCAGGGUGCUGACCUAUCAGGGGCAUUUUGAGUUCGAUGCCGAGGUUAACCGCGAGACGUGUCUGGAGUUUGGAAGGAGGGAGGGGUGGAAGGCUGAGGAUGUGGAGAGGUGGGUGCAGGCGAUUGGGGCGGAUGAGGAGCGGAGUGAUGCGGUGGGGGCAGCGGGGGUGGUGGUGAGGUUCUUUGCGGGGGAGGAUGCGGGGGAGGAUGAGCACGGGGAUGAUAUUGCUUUGGUGCGGGGUGGUGUUGGGGUGCUUGGGGAGGGGGAAGGGAAGGAUGGUACAGAGAAAACGGGCUCGGGUUGGAAUUGGUUUAAGCUGCUGGGGUGGAAGGAUGGUUAG